GGGACAAGGACAUCGUCUCUCCCGGGCACUGGGUGCUGAGGGGUGGGGGACACCCUGGAGGCGCGCUGGUGGUGUUGGGGGGCAGCCGAUUACUUUGGGCCAUUGCCUUGGGAGUUGUGGACCCCCCUUCCCUUCAUCUUGGGGACACCCCGCAAGAAUCCUUAGGCUGAAAUAAUUUCCAGGCUCCUUUUCUUGAGGAGGGCAUGCUUGACUAAGAGACCUGUCUCCUCAGUACGAGGGGGGAAGCGGCGACGGGUCAGCGCCAAGGUCAUGCGGUCAGACCCGCUGAGCUGCUUGUUCUGGCACUGGGUCUUUUGCCCCUGGCAGUGAUACCCACGGGCUCCUACAUUCUGCCUCCCCAGAGGCAGACGGGUGCCUCUGGGCUCGCUUCUGCCCUCGCCCACCACUGGAGGGGCUCCUGGUACCUUCUCCCACUUUGGCUCACACUCGCACCUCCUCCUGCCCUUAGUCUUUUCCACCUGCCGGGGACCUCUGCCCUGCCAUCCGCUCAUAGCCGCCCCAUCCCUCUCCUGCCUUAGAUUCGCUCCAUUGACUUCCCUUUCAUGGAAUCCUUAGGUCAUCUUUUCAAGUUCAAUGAAGGUCACAUUUACUGUUCACCUACUGUGGGGAUGUUGUUGGGGGGGGAGUGGCCACUGAACACGUUCAGCAAACACUUGGGUGACAUGUAAUAUGUGUGGGCCCCGGGAACACAGCUGAGAAAGCAGCAUGGUCCCUGCCCAUCAAGGACCACGCACUGAGACCUGGACCACGUUAGAACGGGCUUCUACGGCUCUUAAUGACUGUCUUCCGCACCGAGUAAUGAAGUGACUUGCCCAAGGCCACUCAGGGGCUUAGCGGUUGUGGUGAGGCCUAGGAGUGGGGUGGGAUGGGGAUUGGUGAGGGAUUUGUUAAGCAUCUGGUAUGAGGAUGGCCCGGUGAUGUUGACUUUUCUUCUAGAACAAGGUGUUUAACUUUUUCUGUAAAGGCCUACAUAGUAAAUAUUUGUUUUUCUUUGAGGGCUGAGUGGUCUGUAUCACAACACUUCACCUCUUGAUUAUGGCACUACACAGAGACACUAGUAAAUGAAUGAGCAUGGCUAUGUUUAAAUAAAACUUUAUUUGUGGACACUGAAACUGAAUUUCAUAUACUUUGUACGAGUCAAGAAGUAUUCAUCUUUAAAGUUUUUUCAACCAAUUAAAAAUAUACAAACACUUCUUAGCUGGAGGGUCAUAGAAAAACAGGCUGCAGGCUGAAUUUGGUCUUUGAGUCAUAGCUUGCACCCCUUGUUCUAGAAUAUCCGGACUUUCCUUCCUCCUUUUUUUUUCUGGCUCGAAUCAGUUCUCCUCCAUUGGGUCAAACACCUGAGCCUAGGGCUCAAAGACUCAGCACGCUUGGGUGCCUCAGCGCAUCUCCCUUUCCCCUUCCUCUUCCUUGGUUUCUCUGCCCCCUAACACUCACCUUGCACCUAGGCAGGACCCCUGAGGUAGCUUUGCCUUUGCUCAUCAUGGUUUUAGAAAUGGUUCUCUUUUGAUCACUGUAUGCCCAGGAAACGCCUUCCUGUGAGCCUGGAUCGUUGUGAUAAAGCAUCCCUUUAACCCUGCAGUUUGCCGUGAGCAUGUUGAAGUGCUUUCUCAUGUAAGCCCCAUGAGGGCAUAGCUGUUUGCUGCUUUCUUCGCCUCACCACUCUGUCGGCCAGGACAGUCCCCAGUGCCUGACAGGAUCCAAGUGGACUUGACAAACUGUCUGGUUCUCAUAAGCCACAGAAAGCAUGCAGAUACUAGGCAGCACAGAGCCUUUUCAUAGUGUCCUCGCUUAGCCCUUCCAUUAAAGCAAAGAGGUAGCUGAGGCUCAGACUCCCAACUUGCCUGAGUCACAUGACUAAUAGCCACUGAUGAGGCCAGGACGAGUGCCUCUUUUCCCAGUUUUGUAUCUCCCCCUGCCCCUUGUGAUUGGUGUCCAAGACUUCUUCCCCCCAAACUGUAGUAAAUCCCUUAUCACUUCAAGGAUUUUGAGUUUUUCACGAGCUAUGUACCACCUGUGAUGUUAUUUACUUAAUUUCUUUUCUAUAAAUGGACUUGUGCUUUAUUUUAACUUUAAUAUGAAAAGGAAACGUCAUGUCACUACCAUAAUAGAAAACCAGGGUCACCUGAUAGAAACUGAAGGCAAUAGGAAAAAUACAAUGAGAAUAAUGCCACAUUCUUGGAUUCUAGCUAGCUAGUCUGUCUGCAAGGCUCUGAGCUGGGGUCUGCUGUCUGUUUAAAAAGGAAGGCAGGGGUGGGAUUUGCAACUGUUAGAAAGAUGUUACAUAUAGUGGUACCAAAUUAAGACCUUCUUCACCUUGCAAAAGAAUUGAGAACGAUGAUUAGCUUUUUCCUUGACUCAAAGUUCUGAGUUCCAUGGGAGACUCCUCCUAACCUAUUUGGUUUACUUGGCCUUUUGGAAAACUGUGAAGACCCUUCCCAGAAAGGGGGUGGGGGGAGUCUGUGCUUUGGGAACCGAUGAGAAGAGGCUGGGGUGGGGCUGGGGCUGAAGAUGGAAGGGAGCCCCUCCCUUCUUCCCGGGGACCAGACUAUGGCUUUCUUUUCCGCUCCCUCUAUUUGUGGGUGGUCAUAUGAAGCUCCCCACCAUUGGAGCAGAAUUGGAAGGUAGGGCCUCUGGGAGGGCGGGGGAGCCAAGUGACAUCCAUGCUGUGCCUGCCUGCAAGUUAGCUAAUCAUGUCCUUCUGGGUUGGCUUCAUGGCUAUUUCUGUAUAGGAAGGUUUGCUCCUCUCCUGAAGUGUGGCUGCAUUGGAUAGCAUGACUAUCUAUCCACCCGCUCUGAUUCAUAACAGCAUACGGUGCAAAUCAAAUCGAAAUGCUAAAGUUUCCCAUUUAUUCGGUGUUGGUUAGCCAGGAGGCUACCAGCAGCCCUGAAGGUAGCAGCACCUUGUUAGGAGGUCAGCUCCCUUCCCAGGAUGGGCAGUUGGAACCUUUAAACGAGGGUUUCCUUUCUAGAAUCUCCGACCUGCUGCUCUGCAGAUGGACUUGCCGCCACUGCUGUCAGAAGUGCUAUGAGUCCAGCUGCUGCCAGUCGAGUGAGGAUGAAGUUGAGAUUCUGGGACCUUUCCCUGCCCAGACUCCUCCCUGGCUGUUGGCCAGCCGGAGCAGUGACAAGGAUGGGGACUCUGUGCACACAGCCAGUGACGUCCCGCUGACCCCACGGACCAACUCCCCAGAUCGGAGAUGCUCAUCCUCAGACACAUCUAAGUCUACAUACAGCCUGACCCGGAGGAUUUCAAGUCUCGAGUCCAGACGGCCCAGUUCCCCACUGAUUGAUAUUAAGCCCAUCGAGUUCGGCGUUCUCAGCGCCAAGAAAGAGCCCAUCCAGCCCUCGGUGCUCAGACGGACCUAUACGCCAGAUGAUUACUUCAGAAAGUUCGAGCCCCGCCUGUACUCCCUCGAUUCCAACAGUGAUGACGUGGACUUCCUGACGGACGCGGAGAUCCUGUCCAAGUACCAGCUGGGCAUGCUGCACUUCAGCACGCAGUACGACCUGCUGCACAACCACCUGACCGUGCGUGUGAUCGAGGCCCGGGACCUGCCGCCCCCCAUCUCCCACGACGGCACGCGCCAGGACAUGGCGCACUCCAACCCCUACGUCAAGAUCUGCCUGCUGCCGGACCAGAAGAACUCCAAGCAGACCGGAGUCAAACGCAAGACCCAGAAGCCGGUGUUCGAGGAGCGCUACACUUUCGAGAUCCCCUUCCUGGAGGCUCAGAGGAGGACCCUGCUCCUGACCGUGCUGGACUUCGAUAAGUUCUCACGCCACUGCGUCAUCGGCAAGGUGGCUGUGCCUUUGUGCGAGGUCGACCUGGUGAAGGGCGGACACUGGUGGAAGGCGCUGAUUCCCAGUUCUCAGAAUGAGGUAGAACUCGGGGAGCUGCUUCUGUCACUGAAUUAUCUCCCGAGUGCUGGGAGGCUGAAUGUUGACGUCAUUCGAGCCAAGCAACUUCUUCAGACAGAUGUGAGCCAAGGUUCAGACCCAUUUGUGAAAAUUCAGCUGGUACAUGGACUCAAGCUUGUGAAAACAAAGAAGACAUCCUUCUUAAGAGGCACAAUCGAUCCCUUUUACAAUGAAUCCUUCAGCUUCAAAGUUCCCCAAGAAGAACUGGAAAAUGCCAGCCUAGUGUUUACAGUGUUCGGCCACAACAUGAAGAGCAGCAACGACUUCAUCGGGAGGAUCGUCAUCGGCCAGUACUCCUCCGGCCCCUCGGAAUCGAACCACUGGCGGCGGAUGCUCAGCGCCCACCGCACGGCCGUGGAGCAGUGGCACAGCCUGCGGUCCCGGGCCGAGUGCGACCGCGUGUCCCCUGCCUCGCUGGAGGUGACCUGAGGGCCGCGGGGACGGUAGCUGUCGCCUGUGGAAACAAGGAAGAAAACUUAGGACAAAAAAAUGCCAUAUGUGUAUACUGUUCCAUCCACACACACACACCACACACACACCCAUACACACCCAACUCCUCUCAGAACCAAGAGGACACUGACUAUUGAUCACACACUGGCCGCCCUUGAGGAGUGAGGCCUGAGAACUUUCCAGAAGCCCCAUCCAUCCAUCAGCUGCAAACUGAGCAGGCUCUGCCGUGAGACCUAUGGACAGUGCUUGCUCUCCUGGAUCCUUCUGCCCUAAAAUGCUCUUUCAACCCUCAGGCCAGAGAAAAGACCUCCCCGAGGGUGCCAACCUCCACUGAGAUGAAGUUUUCCAAGAGUCUGGCCAGUGUCUCAGAGUUGGACAUGACUGAGUGACUGACACUUUCACUUCAUUUUCACUUUGGCCAGUGUUGGGAGGCCUAACCACCCCCCCCAACCCCAAAAUGCGCACCCACUGGGUGACUCCCGAACAGCCUGCUGUUCCCAGAGGUUCCUCAAACCUGCUACCUUUGCCCCAACGUGUAAGUACUUUGUCUUCUCUUUAGUGGGUGUGAUACAUAGAUUAGACUAUCUGAAGAAACCAAACGGCAACAAAAAAUAGUCCAGUGUCAGAAGCCUCUCCUGGCUUCCCUGAAGCCGUCCUUGUGUUAGCUUCUCCCUGGGGACUCCCCGGGGGUAUGUGUGUGGAUGUUCUGGCGUGUGUGCCCUCAGGUGAGCGUGUGUGUGUGUGUGUGUGUGUGCAUGUGUGUCCCCUUGGUGAGCGAGGCACUGGCUGGGACCUCAGGCCUGAGCACUCCUCCUGUCUGCCUUGCCCGUCAGUGAAGUUUCACUCACCACCCUCCUGUGUGUCAAGACCCCACCUCAGUAACAGUAGCGUGUGUGAAUAGCAAGUUAAUAGAAUAUGAUAGAGCAGAAGUAACAUUUUUUGACCGAACCAUGGUGAUUGUGACUCCCAGAAGACCUGCAGAGGACGGUUACAUGGAAUAAAAAGGCCACCACGCCCACCACGCCCCCACCCAAGAGUCUCCCUCGUGUCACACUCUGAGAGUCUCGCUGUGUUUUGUGUGUGAACCAAAGUCACUUCUCUUGUGCUAAGAAAUUAGUGUAGUUAGAAUAGAUCUCUCUCUCUCUCUGUUGGAUGCUUCUGUAUCUCUUCCCACAGCGUGUUGUCUGGUAUAAUGGGGAGCUGUUUAUUGAAAUUAAAGAUUAUUUAUUUGUGCCAUGCA